CUCGAGUAGCUGAGAGGUGUACGUAUGUUUAGCUCUGUCGUGAAUCUGCCAGCUCCGUCAAAGAAGUGAGAAAUAGAAAUUUCUAAACUGUUGAAGAACUGCAAUUGAACUAUGGUAAUUCUCCGAGGAAGUGAGAAAUGACUAUUAAUAUCUUCACAUGUACGCCAUUUAUAAAAGUCAAAGUGAUACUUUUUCUGCAAUAUUUUUGAUAUUCACACAUUCGUGUUCACAGACUCCUUAAUAAAUAUGAAUGUGCGAGCAGAAAAUAUCGUGAGUAUCGUUUUUUUUUAUUGUUACAAUGACAGAAAAUAUAGUGCGUAUCGUUUUUUUUUCAUUGUGACAAUCACAGAAAGGUGGAAGAAUUGAGAAGGAAUUUCGAUUUCUUAGUCCUGUGACACUCCUUCAUUAUGUUAGAUUCGCUUUUUAAUCUUUCCAUAUGAAUAUAAAUCCAUCUUGUUGAAAGAAAAGAAAAAUUCUUUCAAACCAAUAGUCUGCAGUAUUCUUAGUUUUAUCAUCUUGUUGGUGAAACUUUCAUUCAUUGACUAUUAAUGAAUAUUGAUUUAACCCUUUGUUCGGAAGGUUUUUGCUGAUGAGCAAAUCAAUAAAAAUUUUUAAGAAACUGAAUAAAGUAUCAAUCAAUUUGAAAUGGAACAAGUCAAAUUAAAAUAUCAUUAAAAUGAUAGUACGCAAUAAAAUGUCAAUGAAAAAAAUAACGCUGUUAAAGAGUUUUACAGAAAAAAAAAUUCUAAAAGAAUGAAACGAGUUGAAUCAAACUAAUUGAAUAAUCAAAUAUGAAUUAGUAGAUAUAUUUAAUCGUGCUUCAAUUAAUAUCGAUAAAACGACAGCAAAUGCUGUAAGUAAACACGCUGAUGAUGAAUUUCGAGCAUGAAGCAGUUGAUUACAUCAACAAAACACAUCAUUCGACAAUAGAAUUGAGGAUAUAUGUGAAAAAUUUGCAUUGAACUGAUCGUAGUAAUGAUAAUCAAGAGUUUUUCAAACAUACGCUAAUACAAUUUUUACUUGAUUGACAACAUAUUUGAGAAAAUUAUUAUAAAAUAAUUUAUGAUCUUGUUAAACAAUUUCAAAUAGAAGAGUCAACAAGUAAUCAAUAUCGGAUUGAUUCAUUUAAUAUUCAACAUACUAAUGUAAAUGAAAUUAUUAAAUUUGUGCGUUCACAUAUUCAACAACGACAAGAAGAACAAUUACGUGACAUAAAGUAUAACAUUCAACAAAAACAUCAUUAA